ACAUCAUUUUCCCUUUGUUUCUUUUUCCCACGGAGGAUUUUAGUUUUGAAGUUGCAUCCUUUUAGAUCUCUAAAAAGCAAUCAUAGAAACCCAAAUCUCAAUCUGAGACUUUACCUCAAAUCAUAUGGCACUGUCUUCUCUUUUCAGUUCCACUUGGUUGCAAAGUUGGAACAAUCACACACCUCCUCCACUCAGCUUCGCUGUCAUUUAGUGUUUUAUUAUGCUUAUGCCAUUUGGAACUAUAACAUAUUGGUUACCCAAAAGUGAUUGGUGAAUAUGCACUCGUUAUUACUGUUACUAUUUUUGGAUGUGAAAGACAAGUACUAGCUUAUGACCACUUUGAAUACUUUCAUGUAAUAGUUGCAUUCAUUAAUGUACUCAUUUGGAUUUUUGAGUAAAAUUAAUGAACAUUAUUGAUUUGGAUUUUAGUGAAUGGCAUCUAUUAGAAGAACCAUGACUCAAGUUCCUGUAGAACUAUGUUCUGUAGCUUCCUCUUUGUCUAAGUCCUCACAUAGUCCUCGAAACUCUCCACCGUCCGAUCGAUUGUUAAGUUCUUCGGUUACGGCACUCGACUCCCGUGCCUCUGUGCUUGGUGUUUUCUCACCAAGAUCUUUGAGGGCUAUUGAGAGAUCAAAACCAAAAGGACAGAUUUGGAGGAAGGUGAUUUUCCAUUUUUUCAUAUGUUUCAUUAUUGGUGUUUCGAUUGGACUCAUUCCGCUGGCAUCGAGAAACUUAUUGUCCCCGAAUCUCAUGUCGAAACAUCAAGAUUUCGACAUUGAGGUAAUAUCUAAAGUUAGAAAUUUUCGGUCGCUUGAUGAAAAUGCGAAGAUAAAUGAGACACCAUUAGUUGUUGAUGAGGAUGUGAAGUUUGAUGCUACUUUGAUUUCAGCAGUGCAAGAACAACAACUAACAGAUGGUGUAGCAUAUAAAAUCUCCAAUAGCCAAUUUUAUGAAGAUUCAUAUUUUGAGUCUCGAAAGCUUCUCAUAAUUGUCACACCGACUUACAAUCGUCUAUUUCAAGCUUAUUACUUGCAUCGCUUGUCACAGACUUUGAAAUUGGCCGCACCUCCUUUGUUGUGGAUUGUUGUUGAGACAAAUUCUCAAUCUGAAGAAACUGCUGAUAUCUUGAGGAGUAGUGGAAUUAUGUAUAGGCAUCUGAUUUGCAAAAUGAAUCUGACCAACAACACAAGCCAUAGAAGGAAUCUUAUGAGAAAUGCUGCAAUAGCUCACAUUGAAACUCACCGCCUCGAUGGAAUCGUCUAUUUUGCAGAUGAUGAUAACGUAUACUCGGUGGAGCUCUUCCAGCAAAUGAGAGAAAUAAGGAGGUUUGGAACAUGGACUGUAGCAAGACCAUCAGGGGAUAAAAGUGGCAUCAUCUUGCAAGGGCCAAUUUGUAAUGGAAGUCAAGUGAUUGGAUGGCACAUAAAUAAUGAAUCAGAUGUGAAACCUAAAAGAUUUCAUGCUGAAAUGCCAGGUUUUGCCUUCAAUAGUACAAUACUCUGGGAUCCAAAGAAGUGGCACCGACCGGCUCUUAAACCUAUCAUGCAGCUCGAAUCAGUCAAGGAAAAUUUGUGGGUUAGCACAUUGAUUGAGCAGAUUGUUGAAGAUGAGAGUCAAAUGGAGGGUUUAAUGAACGACUGCUCGAGAGUUAUGGUUUGGCAUAUUGAUCUUGUGUCAUCUUAUUCGUUCUAUCCUCGGAAAUGGAUUACAGAGAACAACCUAGACGUUAUUUGGAAUCUUCCACUUGCACAAAAUUCUUGAUAAAGAAGUGGAGAAGGAGAUCACUAUAUUUUCAUCCUAUGGGAAGAUUAUAAAGAAUUGGAAAGCAUCAAGCUAGUGCUUCUUUAUUUAUCUUCACCUUCUCAAACAGCAACUCCGAUAUCACAUUCGUCAUGGCAGUGGCUUGUGAUACCAUCCAUAUAAGUCCACUGAUUAAUUGUGCAUUUUAACCUCUAACAGCUUAUGCAUUAUAAUUACAAAUUGGGGUUCAUUCUGAAUUUUGCAGAGGCAGGAAGCCAGGAAUGUUUCUACUGGCCAGUUGGUCGUAUGUAUCAUAUAUUUGUUUCUUUUAACAACUUAGUAUCUCUCCUGUAACAUUAAGAGGAAUUUUUAAUGUCAAUAUUUCAAUGCUUA